AGGAGGCAGCUUUGAGGGCAAUGCUGAACGCCUGGAUGUUAUCCUCUAAAAUUCCCCUGCGUGACCAUGGAGCUGGGGUACAGGAAGGCAUUGCAGACACUACCUCCGCAGACCCAACCGAAGUUGAAAGACACAGUUGCCCAGGGAAGGGCAAUGAGCCGACGAGGGAUGACCUGAUCUCUCCGAGGCUUUGCUCUGCAAGCAAAGCCCUCCCUGCAGCAGAGGAAGAGCGCCCCCUAGUGCCAAGCCCCUUCGUAACGGGGAGGACCAAGUCCAGACAGAGCCGCUGUUUCCUCAGGACCAACAGCAGCUCCAGUGCCUCCCCUUCAUCCUCCUCCCUUUUUGACGACACCUUACCCAUACCUGUGCGGCUUUGUCGCCGCAACCCCAAGAGGCACGACGAUAGCGCAGCUGCCAAAGGCGGCCCCAGGUCUUGUUCUGUGACUGAUGGGAAAGAGGACAGUCUCCUAGUCGCUGCACUUCAAAGCACCCAAGAUUGUCAGACCAACACUCCAGUGGGUGAAGGAAAUCCGAGCAGUUUGGAUCGAGGGGUCAGUCAGGCAGACACUGUGAUUCUCUCGGGCAGUCUUGCGGACACUGUGAUUCUCUCGGGCAGUCUUGUGGACACUGUGAUUCUUGGAAAGAGCACUAAUGGCUGUUCAUCGGGUCCUCAGGAGGAGACGGCUCCUGAAGUGCUUCCAGGGGCAGAGGAUUUCAUGACUGAUGAUCUCUCGAGUUCAGGUGGAGAGGGGGUCAAGUCAGGACUCGGUCGGGAUGGAUGGUGGGUAGCAGAUGAACGUCCGCGUCCUACAGAGAGGUGUCAAAGGCAGCAGUCUUGCAUGACUGGUGACCUGGAUUCCAGCAACCCUCAAGUGAAGCAUACUUCGUCAACAGAGAAGCAGAUGGCGUUUUUGUCCAGUCACAAAUCCCCAGAGACGCAGAGGAGGGCACCAUUAACACCAGGCUCUGGUUACAUCCCCAGGUACAGCAUCAGUCGGCUCUCUGCGCGUCACCAAGCUGAGAGACUGGCGGAUCUCUCCUAUACUCCAGGGGGGCGGCCCCUGAUGGUUGAUGCAGAUGAGCCCAUAGAGUACCUCUACACUGAUACAGAGCAGGGCCACACGUUGAUAGAGUGCCAUGUGCCUCCUACAGCCAACAGCACCCUAAUCUCCAGUGAGGCCGAGUGCGAUACAACCACCAGUGAAGACACGGUGUUAUACAACUGGAGAUCCUUUCAGGCCAGCCCAACCAAGGAUAAGGAGAACCGCCUGCCCCAAAACGAGGUCUCCGCUGAGAUUCGUGGGCUGUCGGACAGAGAGCUUCGCCGCAGGCUCAAAGAACUGGGAGAGGACCCUGGUCCCAUCAAUAAAACCACCCGACCUCUGUAUUUGCAGCAGCUGAACCGUUUGAAGAGUGACAGCUAUGUGAGGCAACCCAAGAAUAACCCAGGCUACAGCCAAGAGCUGGCCGUCAGCCUGCACACCUUCCAGCUGCCUGAGUGCCAUGCAGAUGAACUGGCCCUCUGUCAGCAGUUCGACCAGCCUGACCAGAACAGGAAGUGGCGAGAGGGGGUGGUCAAGUCCAGUUUCAAUUACUUGCUGCUGGACCCGAGGGUGACGAAGAACCUGCCGGCACGCAGCCCCUCGCUGAGCCCCGCGGAGUGCUUCCGGGUCUUCGUCAGCGCCAUCUUCUACGUGGGCAAGGGCAAGCGCUCCCGGCCCUACAGCCACCUGUACGAGGCGCUGGAUUACUACAGGGGAGACAAGACGUCCAAGAAGCUUUGCUCCAAGGUGCAGCACAUCCUCCAGGUCUGGGCCACCGGGCAGGGCGUGAUCUCCCUGCACUGCUUCCAGAACGUCAUCCCAGUGGAGGCUUAUACCCGCGAGGCCUGCAUGGUGGACGCCAUCGGGUUGAAGAUGCUGACCAAUCAGAAGCGGGGAGACUAUUAUGGGGUGGUGGCGACGUGGCCCAUGAAACGCAGGCGUGACCUGGGCGUGCGCCUGCUGCACCGCACCAUGCAGAUCUUCCUGGCCGAGGGCGAGAGGCAGCUGCGCCCCGCCGAUCUCCGCGUGGGCAGGUGAGCAUCUGGGGCGGGGUGGGGGGGGGCACACCUGGCGAGCCGGAGUCUCCCAUACCCCCCCUUCCCCCCCAGCCUCUGCCUGCAGGAAGACACCUGGAUUGCUGGGGCCUGAGUCAGCGUUGCUGAAAAUUAAUGAACAGGGGAGAGCAGGUAUCUGUCUGACCCCCCCAGGACACCCCCUGCUACCUUGCUGACACCUGGCUGAGAUGAGCACUUAUCUGUAACCUGGUGAAGUCAGAGGGAUGGUAGAGUCAGAGAGCAUUGAAUUUGGGAAAUGAAUGAAGGGUGUACUGAAAAAAAAUACUUUCUCAACUUCAAAAGCACUGUGUGGCUGAUGAUGAUGAUGAUAUCCUGGAAUCAUCCGUUUUUAAUAGACUGAUCAACACAGACCUAGGAUUUAACGGUGCUGACUUGUUCUGGAUACUAGCUGUUUCGUUGAGCCAUGAAGUGUAUAAGCAUUAUGAAACUGGACUUUUCUCUUUUAUUUUUCUUAGUACAUGUGCUGUUAUGCUUUUCUCUAGUGAUGUUCAUAUUGGGGGGAAAAAAAAAUCAAAACUGAGCUGUGUUGUUGGUUCAUUUUUCGACACACCAGCACACAGAAUGAGAAUAUAUGCUUUAUUUCACUGCUGGAAAUGGCACUAUUGCACGUCACAUUGUAUAAUGAGUUGUCUUUUGUUCUUAAACUGCUGGCAGAGCCAGCAUAUCUUUAAACGCAAGUGUUUUGAAGACAGUCUUUAUGAUUAGCUGCUACCAACAUUUACAUUUUUUAACCACAUGGAGGUGCCACACUGUGGUACUGAUCGAUUGUAAAGGUUAAGACACUGGCUCCCAGUCCUGGUCCUGGUGACCCACACACCUGUUGGUUUUAGUUCAGUUACACUGUUGGUUCAGUCACACAAUCAAACUCCACAUUGUCUUAAUAAUGAGGUUAAUCUGAACUGUUUGUUUCCAUCUCUUAAACAUGGUAGAGCUUUAAAUGUUGUUUUGUAAGUGAAAUAAAAUCCCAAGCUUGUGAUCAGAAACAAAAUGCAUCUAUUCCGAUGAAGCAACUUUUUAGACCCAUUAAGUCUGUGGCUAUCUAAUUAAGGUGGGAUGGAAUGAAAACCAGCAGGUGUUUGGGUCACCAGGAUUGGGAAACACUGGGUUAAGGAGAAGCAGAGGUGUGCACUGUACAUGGAUCUGAUCAAGAUUGUCUCUUUAAAACACCCAGUUUAACCAAUAAAGGAACCAGCAGGUUUUCAGGUCCUUUUCGUUCUGGAUUCUGACGAAUCGUGUCCACAGUUUUCCGUGAUUGAGCUGCUGCUGGUUUUAAAAGUCAUGAUUAUUACACAGUGAUGCAAAACAGUCCUUGGAAGCAGGAUGUGACAAGACUUUAAAACUUAAUUUUCAAUUGUAACAAUUUGUAAUACCUAGUGUUCUCAUCUCGUAUCGCUGUUAGACAGCUUGUGAUGUUAUAUAAAAUGUUGCCAUAUGUCAAAAGAGCAUUUCUUGUACAUGAAGUGGGAUCUAGUUUAGGAGGGGGAAUCUUGACAGUAGAUUGUAGGCCUUGUUUUUUUAAUCUUGAGUUAUGGAUUGCAAUAAUUAAUGAACAGGUCAAAAUUGACCAAUUGUCCCUUUUUAUGUUCUACAAUUUCUGAAUGGAGUUAAACUUUGUAAAAAAUGUCCUUUCGUGACCUAAAGUGCUGUGUUUUGUUAAUA